AUGUUCCAGCAGUAGGAACUUUACGAUCUGUAAAAGGAUUUUAUUAUAUAAACGGGUUAUACAUUUGGAAGGAAAUUGAAUGGAGUAAUUUCAAAAUCUCAAGAUAUAAUACAAUCUUUAAAAGUGCAUGUUUAUUUUUCAUGGUCAAAUAAAUAUUAGGAAGGAAAAUGGUUUGAAAAUGAUUUAGAAAAGAAAAGUAACUGUGAAUAGCUUGUAUUAUUAAAGGCACAAUCUUCAAUGGAAGGGUUUUUUGGAAAAUAAUUUGGAUUAUGGGUUGAAUGCAUAAGAAAUAAGUAGCAUGAAGUAUUUUUCAAAGGUUAAUAUGAAAAUGGUUAAAGAAUUGGAAAAUGGAAAUACUUUUGGAAGAAAAAUCUUAAUUCUCCUUAUGAGUUGAUUUGGGGGGGUUCAUAUGUUCAGGAGGAUGGAAAAUGGGUGUAGUUGAAUGAAGGUUUUAAUGAGGAUGACAUUUUAAGGAGAUUGAAAGAUUUUAAUAAAACGAAUAAGGAAGAGAUGAAGGCACUUACUUCAGAGUUUUCGAAAAUUUUAGAUCACAUUUAAAAUCCACCUGUAUUAGAGUAAUAAUAAGGAAUUUGGUCAUUUUCAGUUUCAAUUUGGUUUAAGGAUUUUCAGUUUGAAAAUGAAGAAUUCUUAAGGAAAUGCUUUGAGAAUGAUUGGAGUUACAGCAAAAUAUCAAAUUUAGUAACAAAUUAGGAUGAACUAAAUGAAGUCAAAAAUUUAAUUUGGAAAGAUUAUAAAAUGAUCAAAGAAACAUAUAAAUGGUAUUCAUCUAAAUCACCAUCUGGAGAAGUUUGGUCAAUUUCAAAUAAUGUAAUUUCUGAUUUCGCAUUCGAAACAGGAUUGUUUGAUAAAACAUUUAAGCUUUCUGAUUUGGAUCUUAAAUUUAUUGCAACUUGUGCUGCUUCAUUUGAAACUGAAAGAAAUCAUAGAAACCCUGAAAGAGCAUUGUGUAGAUAUCAAUUUAUGGAGUUCUUAGUGAGAGUCUCAAUGGUUAAAUACUUGGAACAUAAAUUAGCAAACAACAUAGCUGAGUCUGUAUAAUUGCUUUUAGAUCAAUGUAGACCUAUCAUGUAAAAAUUUGAUGCAUAAAAGUGGAGAGAUGAGAGGUACUUUAAUAAAUAAUGUGAUUAUUGUUUAAAACAUUACAAGCCUAAGCUAUAUAGUGUGUAUUAUAAAUAUUGCGUAAAAAAGGUCAAAUCAGGAUAAAAGAAAUAUAUGAACCUGGAAAAUUUGAGGAAAAUUUGGGUGAAAACAACAAAACUUGAUGAUAAUCACGAAUAAAAUUCGACAUUCAAUUUAUCGAUUGCUUCAUAAAUAGAUGAAUUAGAAAGUGACAGGAUCUUCUAAAUGAAUUUUGUAGAAUUUAUGGAAGCCAUAGCAAGAAUGGCUGAUAAGGUUUCAUUGCCUGUUGCUCAAGAUAUAGAUAAGAGUGAAGAACAACAUCAACAGUAGCCCUUGCAUAUCAAAUUAGAAAGGUUUAUUAUCAAAUUAGCCUAAAGUUGUGCAUUUAAAGAACAUAAAUUACAAUUUGGAAAUAAUGAAAAAAGCAUAUUUGUUUUUGAACAUCAUAACAAUUGA